AUGGCUUUACCGUCAAAACGCCUACAUCGCGAAUCGCAGGAGCUCUCUCCCGAGACCUUCUGUGACUUCUGGAGACUGGUUUGGGAACAGCACACGGCCAACAUCGUCAUGAUGACCAAGCUAGAGGAGAAACCAGACCACCAGACCGUUGUGACCAGACCCAGACCAUUGCCAGACCGUUGUGACAGACCAGACCAGACCGUUGUGACCAGACCGACCAGACCAGACAGACCGCCAGACCCAGACCCAGACCGCCAGACCAGCCAGUUGCCAGACCAGACCCAGACCGCCAGACUACCAGACCGCCAGACCAGAGACCAGACCAGACCAGACAGACCAGACCGUUACCGUUGUGACCAGACCAGACCAGACCCAGACGACCAGACCGUUGUGACAGACGUACCAGACUGCAGACCAGACCACCAGACCGUUGUGACCAGACAGACCACAGACCGCACAGACCAGACCGUUAAUGACCAGACCAGACCGUUGCAGACCGUUGUGACCCAGACCGUUGACCAGACCGCCAGACCCGCCAGACCGCUGCAGACCGUUGCACCAGACCGUUGUGACCGUUGUGACCACCAGACCACAGACCACCCAGACCAGACCGUUGUGACCGUUGCACCAGACCGCCAGACCGCCAGACCACCAGCCAGACCGUUACUACCGACCGUUGUGACCGACCAGACCACCAGACCCAGACCUGACCACCAGACCAAGACCAGACUACCAGACCAGACCGUGACCAAGCAUUGUGACCACAGACCGCCAGACCUGACCGUUGUGACCGCCAGACCGCCAGACCACCAGACCCAGACCUGCCAGACCACCAGACCUGACCGUUGUGACCAGACCGUAGACCGCCAGACCAGACAGACCCAGACCGUUGUGACCAGACCAGACCACCAGACCGUUGUGACCACCAGACCACCAGACCGCCAGACCACCAGACCAGACCGUUGUGACCCAGACCGCCUACCGCCAGACCCAGACCGUUGUGACUACCAGACCACAGACUACCAGACCGCCAGACCAGACCAGACCGUUAGACCGUUGACCACAGACGUUAGACCAGACCGUUGUGACCAGACCGUUGUGACCCAGACCGUUGUGACCGUUGUGACCAGACCACAGACCGUUGUGACGACCGCAGACCAGCCAGACCGUUACCCAGACCGUUGUGACCACCAGACCACAGACCAGACCGUUGACCGCACUGACCAGAGACCGUUGACCAGACCGUUAGACCACCAGUUGCACCAGACCGUUAGACCGCCAGACCACCAGACCACAGACCGUUGCAUCACUAGAGACCAGACUGCCAGACCACCAGACCGUUGUGACCGUUACCAGACCAACCAGACCGUUGACCGGGGCACUGCCAGCCUGCACCACCAGACCAGACCAGACCGUGCCACUGCUGGACACAGACCACAGCACUGCACGCUGCACCAGACCACAGACCGCACAGCACCACCAGACCAGACCGCCGUGACCGUUGCACUGCACGCCAGAUUGCACGUUACCAACUUCGCCGACCAGACCGUUGUGACCACCACCGACCGUUGUGCACCGUCACUGACUGCACCAGCACCGCUGCACUGCACCAGCACUGCACUCGUGACCGUUGUGACCACAGACCAGACCGCCAGACCACUGCACACAGACCACAGCACCGCCGUGACCGCUGCACAGACGCACUGCACCACCAGACCACUGCACCAGACCACAGACCGUUGUGACCGCACGCCGCACUAUUACCGGCCAGACCGUUGCACUGGGCUGCACUGCAUAGACCGUUGCACCGUUGCACUACCAGACCAGACCGCCAGACCCUACUGCACCGUUGCACUACCAGACCGUUGUGACCGCCGCACUACUCGCACCAUUGUGACCAGACCGCUUUCUCAGGACUGGGUCAGAGGUCGUAUGCUGAGUACCACCACAGCUAUAAUCCACUGGGAUGGACCUGAGGAGGCUAACGGGCAGGUGGUGGGAUACAGAGUCUACUAUACAGACGACAACACACUGCAAGUCAACCAGUGGGAGAAGCUGAUGGUUCGUGGUGUGAACUUCAUCACCAUCCAGAGUCUGACCCCUAAUAAGACCUAUUACAUCAGAGUCCUGGCCUUUACCUCUGUAGGAGACGGACCUCUCUCCCAGGACCUGCAGAUCAUAGCCAAGACUGGAGUUCCGUCCCAGCCGUCAGACUUCAAAGGAGAGGCCAAGUCAGAGACCAGUAUAUUGCUGUCAUGGGUAGCUCCUCCACAGAGUGGGCCUGAAAACCUGAUCACUGGAUAUGAGCUGGUAUACAGGAGGUCUGGUGACAACGAAGAGAAGAAGCUGAAUUUUGACCCCGCCUCCUCCUACCUUAUAAAGAAUUUGAAGCCAUUCUCCUCCUACACCUUCCAGCUGGCGGCACGUAGCAAACACGGCAUCGGAGCGUAUACCAACGAGGUUACCACGGAUACACCACAGACACGUAUGUCCCUACCUACACUACUACUACUGCUGGUACGAGGUUACCACGGAUACACCACAGACACGUAUGUCCCUACCUACACUACUACUACUGCUGGUACGAGGUUACCACGGAUACACCACAGACACGUACGUCCCUACCUACACUACUACUACUGCUGGUACGAGGUUACCACGGAUACACCACAGACACGUACGUCCCUACCUACACUACUACUACUGCUGGUACGAGGUUACCACGGAUACACCACAGACACGUACGUCCCUACCUACACUACUACUACUGCUGGUACGAGGUUACCACGGAUACACCACAGACACGUACGUCCCUACCUACACUACUACUACUGCUGGUACGAGGUUACCACGGAUACACCACAGACACGUACGUCCCUACCUACACUACUACGACUGCUGGUACGAGGUUACCACGGAUACACCACAGACACGUACGUCCCUACCUACACUACUACUACUGCUGGUACGAAGUUACCACGGAUACACCACAGACACGUAUGUCCCUACCUACACUACUACUACUGCUGGUACGAGGUUACCACAGAUACACCACAGACACGUACGUCCCUACCUACACUACUACGACUGCUGGUACGAGGUUACCACGGAUACACCACAGACACGUACGUCCCUACCUACACUACUACUACUGCUGAACCCUCGGCCCCACCCCAGGAAGUCACAUGCUCCAGCCCCAACUCCACCAGCAUCCUGGUAAGUUGGGCUCCGCCCCUGGCGGAAUUCCAGAACGGAAUCAUAACGGGAUAUUCCAUCCAGUAUUCUGUCACGGAACGGGACAACAGGACUUCCCAGCAAGUCAGCCGAAUUCCACCGGAAAGCUCUCCGUACCUUCUGGAAAACCUGGAGAAAUGGACCGAGUAUGGAAUCACGGUCAGAGCCCUGACGGAAGCCGGAGAAGGACCAGAGAGUCUACAACUACUAGUACGCACCGAAGAAGAUGUUCCCAGUGGUCCUCCGCGCGACGUGGCGUCGGAGGCGGUGAACUCGUCAGCAGUCAGGGUGGUGUGGCGGGCACCGGCCGUGGAGCGACAACAUGGUCAGGUCAGAGGUUACCAGGUCCACUACAUGAAGAUGAACUAUGGAGAACCCGCUGGACCCAACCUCAUCAAGGAUAUACUCCUAGACGACUCACAGGAGUUGGUUCUAGGGGAACUCCAGGCUGAUACUGCCUACUCUGUGUCUGUGGGGGCGUACACCGCCAAGGGAGACGGGGCACGGAGCAAACCCCAAACUCUCUGCACUACCCUCCCACUCCCAGAACCCCCCAGUCUCUCAGUAAGUCCCACCCCCGUGGGCACGGCCUUGCUCCAGUGGCUGCCUCCACCCAGCCCCGCUACCCCUCUCCUGGGGUACCGUCUAACCUUCGGACGCCUGGAUGUCCUCCCGCUCACCGUGGUAGAAUUCCCCACCAAGGAAAAGUCCUACACUGCUCAGGAUAUCCACAAGGGGGCGUCGUACGUGUUCCGACUCUCCGCCCGGAAUAAGGUGGGAUACGGAGAGGAGGCAGCGAUCGAGGUGACCACUCCGGAAGACGUUCCCGGAGGACACCCAGAAAACAUCCUGUCUGAAGGCGCCUCGGCGUCUUCCCUACGUCUCGCUUGGAAGUCUGUCCCGCUGAUCGAACAGAACGGGGAGAUUGUGAAGUACUCGGUGCAGUACCGGGAUGUUAACGGUAGAGGUGGGAACGCUACCGGGGAGGUGGUGGUGACGGUACCGGAAUCCAGCGUGGCGUUGGAAGGGCUGAGCGCUGACACGGUGUAUGAUGUCAGAGUGCGUGCGUUUACGGCGGUAGGGGCGGGGCCGUAUAGUCCCGGCGUCCAGUUUAGGACGCAGCCGAUGGAUGUGGAAGUGUUUGCUACUAACUUCAGAGUGAAGGCUGCCAUGAAGAACUCAGUCCUGCUGACCUGGGAGAUACGAGACAAAACACCCUCCCAGCCUUUUACGAUCCUGUAUGGUAAGGGUCAGAGUGUUGAGGUGGAUGGUAAACAGAACCAGAAGCUGAUAACAGGUCUGCAGCCGGAAACACAGUACUCCUUCCUGUUGACUAACCGUGGCAACAGUGCCGGAGGUCUACAGCACCGCGUAACCGUGACGACCGCCCCGGACGUGCUGCGCUCCAAACCCACGCUGGUGGGGAAGACCAACGCAGACGGGAUGGUGACAGUUCAACUACCGCCCGUACAGACCACCACUACCGUCAGGGGAUACUAUGUGGUGGUGGUUCCUCUGAAGAAACAGAGAGGAGGGAAGUUCUUGAAGCCUGGUGACAACCCUGAUCAGAUGAACCUAGAUGAGCUCCUGAAAGAGAUCAACAGGACCAGUGUGAGCCAGGCGCUGCGUGUCCGUCGCCAGGUCCCGGCCAGCCAAUCAGAUCCCAGGGCCUAUGUUUCCGCCCACUUUAAGACCCUCCCCCAGGAGUUCACCCUCGGUGAUGGGAGGAGCUAUGGAGAGUUCCGGAACCGCCCCUUGCAAAACGGACAGGAAUAUGUGUUCUUCGUGCUGGCGCUGCUAGACCUAUCUAAUAAUACAAUGUAUUCAACCAGCCCCUAUUCUGAUCCCGUGACCUCCAAUGACGUGGACCCUCAACCAAUCGUAGAUGAGGAGGAGGGGCUUCUGUGGGUGGUGGGGCCGGUAAUGGCUGUCAUCUUCAUUGUCUGCAUCGUCAUCGCCAUCCUACUCUUCAAGAGUAAACCAGACAGGAAAAGAGCUGAGGCAGAGGGAAGGAAGGCUAGUUUCCCCUGCAGCAAGGCCAUGUCCUCUCACCAUCCUACAGAUCCUGUGGAGCUACGCAGAAUCAACUUCCAGACCCCAGGCAUGACCAGUCACCCACCUGUCCCCAUCUCUGAGCUCGCUGAUCAUCUAGAACGCCUGAAAGCCAACGACAACCUGAAGUUCUCUCAGGAGUAUGAGUCCGUUGACCCUGGACAGCAGUUCACCUGGGAGCAGUCUAACCUGGAGGUCAACAAGCCAAAGAACCGCUAUGCUAACGUCAUCGCCUACGACCACUCCAGGGUUCUACUGUCCAACAUCGAGGGUAUCCCAGGCAGCGACUACAUCAAUGCCAACUACAUUGAUGGCUACCGUCGUCAAAACGCCUACAUCGCGACGCAGGGCUCUCUCCCCGAGACCUUCUGUGACUUCUGGAGACUGGUUUGGGAACAGCACACGGCCAACAUCGUCAUGAUGACCAAGCUAGAGGAGAAGUCUCGGGUAAAAUGUGAUCAGUACUGGCCUACCAGAGGAACAGAGACAUAUGGGCUGAUACAGGUUACUCUGCUGGACACUGUAGAGCUGGCUACAUACUCUGUUAGGACCUUCGCUCUCUACAAGAGUGGCUCCAAUGAGAAGCGUGAGAUUCGUCAGUUCCAGUUUACAGCCUGGCCGGACCACGGGGUCCCCGAGCACCCCACCCCCUUCCUGGCCUUCCUACGACGGGUCAAGGCCUGCAACCCUGCAGACGCAGGACCCAUGGUCGUACACUGCAGUGCUGGAGUGGGCCGGACUGGUUGUUUCAUCGUGAUUGACGCCAUGGUGGAGCGAAUCAAACACGAGAAGACAGUUGACAUCUACGGUCACGUGACCCUCAUGAGGUCCCAGCGGAACUACAUGGUGCAGACGGAGGAUCAGUACGCCUUUAUCCACGACGCGCUGCUGGAGGCCGUCGCCUGCGGCAACACCGAGGUUCCGGCGCGGAACCUUCACGCCUACAUCCAGAGACUGACCCAGAUAGAACCGGCGGAGAACGUCACGGGCACGGAACUGGAGUUCAAGCGGUUGGCCAGUGCGAAGGCCCACACCUCCAGGUUUGUGAGUGCCAACCUGCCGUGUAACAAGUUCAAGAACCGUCUGGUGAACAUCAUGCCCUAUGAGUCCACCAGAGUCUGUCUGCAGCCAAUCAGAGGAGUGGAGGGGUCAGACUACAUCAACGGCAGCUUCAUAGACGGAUACAGGCAGCAGAGGGCUUAUAUAGCCACCCAGGGCCCGCUGGCUGAGACUACUGAGGACUACUGGAGAAUGUUGUGGGAACACAACUCUACCAUAGUGGUCAUGUUGACUAAACUGAGGGAGAUGGGACGGGAGAAGUGCCAUCAGUACUGGCCAGCAGAGCGUUCUGCCAGGUACCAGUACUUUGUAGUGGACCCCAUGGCUGAGUACAACAUGCCCCAGUACAUCCUACGGGAGUUCAAGGUCACCGACGCCAGGGACGGCCAGUCUCGGACGGUUCGUCAGUUCCAGUUCACUGAUUGGCCGGAGCAAGGAGUGCCAAAGUCAGGGGAGGGGUUCAUUGAUUUCAUUGGCCAGGUGCACAAAACUAAAGAGCAGUUUGGCCAGGACGGACCAAUCACGGUGCACUGUAGUGCUGGUGUGGGGAGGACAGGGGUCUUCAUCACUCUGAGUAUCGUUCUGGAGAGGAUGAGAUAUGAAGGAGUAGUGGACAUCUUCCAGACUGUCAAGAUGCUGCGAACACAGAGACCUGCCACGGUUCAAACUGAGGACCAGUACCAGUUCUGUUACCGGGCCGGUCUGGAGUAUCUGGGCAGCUUCGACCACUAUGCAACAUAAUCCCUCCCUCUGGCCUGCGUCCCAAACAACACCCUAACUCCCUGUGUCGUGCACUACUUUAGACCACAGUGUAUUCUCACUUCUUUAGACCAGUGUGCACACUCAAAAGUAGUGCACUACUGAUUAGUGCGCUACACAGGGAAUUAGGGGCCAUUUGAGAUUAGGC